UCCGCAGUCGCCCUCGCCCGGGACCCCUGCGUCGGGCCCUGAGCGGGCGACGGGGACGCGAGGUGGGGCCGCGAGACUGGGGCUCCGUGGUUUGCACUCGUCGGUUGCCUUUCUACUGCCUCUUGCCUGGUUGCCGCCACAACAAAUCACGCCGCUUGUUUUUCCGACUCUUGUAAUCCACUUUUAAAUACGAUUAUGCGCUGCAGAAGGACGUUGCCGGUCAAUGUGGGACAGCGUGGUCUCAUAAGAUUAUAAUAUCGUUUUCUUACUGUACCUUUUUUUAUGGUUAGAUAGGCAGAUACUCACUAGUAUGCUACGGUUACCCGCAGUGUUCACUGCAGUGACAGGCUGUACAGGUUCAUGACCUAAGAGCAGUAGGCUGUGUCAUCUGGGUUUGUGUCAGUGCACUACUGCCCGAAGAAAUUGCCUAAGGGGACAUUUCUGCAUUUCUCAGAACGGAUCUCCAUCGUUAAGUGACGCAUGACUUGGCCAUAAUUGUGAUAAUGUAAUAAAAUCAGGAAACAUUACCUGAAGCAGAUGCUUUUGAAGUCACCAGAAAAUAGUCUUCUCCAAUUCCAAUUUAAAUAUGGAGUGCCUAUACCAACUAAUGUUACAAUUGAAUCCUAUAACAUGAACCCUAUCGUAUAUUGGGAGUACCAGAUCAUGCCACAGGUCCCUGUUUUUACCGUAGAGGUAAAGAACUAUGGUGUUAAGAAUUCAGAAUGGAUUGAUGCCUGCAUCAGUAUUUCUCAUCAUUAUUGUAAUAUUUCUGAUCAUGUUGGUGAUCCAUCAAAUUCCCUUUGGGUCAGAGUUAAAGCCAGGGUUGGACAAAAAGAAUCUGCCUAUGCAAAGUCACAAGAAUUUGCUGUAUGCCGAGAUGGAAAAAUUGGACCACCUAAAGUGGAUAUCAGAAAAGAGGAGAAGCAAAUCAUGAUUGACGUAUUUCACCCUUCAGUUUUUGUAAAUGGAGACGAGCAGGAAGUCGAUUAUGAUCCCGAAACUACCUGUUACAUUAAGCUGUACAAUGUGUAUGUGAGAAUGAACGGAAGUGAGAUCCAGUAUAAAAUACUCACGCAGAAGGAAGAUGAUUGUGACGAGAUUCAGUGCCAGUUAGCGAUUCCAGUGUCCUCACUGAAUUCUCAGUACUGUGUUUCAGCAGAAGGAGUCUUACAUGUAUGGGGUGUUACAACUGAAAAGUCAAAAGAAGUUUGUAUUACCAUUUUCAAUAGCAGCAUAAAAAGUUCUCUUUGGAUUCCAGUUGUUGCUGCUUUACUACUCAUUCUAGUGCUUAGCUUGGUAUUCAUCUGUUUUUAUAUUAAGAAGAUUAAUCCAUUGAAGGAAAAAAGCAUAAUAUUACCCAAGUCCUUGAUCUCUGUGGUAAGAAGUGCUACUUUGGAGACGAAACCUGAAUCAAAAUAUGUAUCACUCAUCACGUCAUACCAGCCAUCUUCCUUAGAAAAGGAGGUGGUCUGUGAAGAGCCGUUGUCUCCAGCAACAGUUCCAGGCAUGCAUACCGAAGACAAUCCAGGAAAAGUGGAACAUACAGAAGAACUUUCUAGUAUAACAGAAGUGGUGACUACUGAAGAAAAUAUUCCUGACAUGGCCCCGGGCAGCCAUCUGACUCCAGUAGAGAGAGAGAGUUCUUCACCUUUAAGUAGUAACCAGUCUGAACCCUGCAGCAUCGCUUUAAACUCGUAUCACUCCAGAAAUUGUUCUGAUAGUGAUCACUCCAGAAAUGGUUUUGAUACUGAUUCCAGCUGUCUGGAAUCACAUAGCUCCUUAUCUGACUCAGAAUUUCCCCCAAGUAACAAAGGUGAAAUAAAAACAGAAGGACAAGAGCUCAUAACAGUAAUAAAAGCCCCCACCUCCUUUGGUUAUGAUAAACCACAUGUGCUAGUGGAUCUACUUGUGGAUGAUAGCGGUAAAGAGUCCUUGAUUGGUUAUAGACCAACAGAAGAUUCCAAAGAAUUUUCAUGAGAUCAGCUAAGAUGCACCAACUUUGAAGUCUAAUUUUCCUGGACAGUUUUCUGCUUUAAUUUCAUGAAAAGAUUAUGAUCUCAGAAAUUGUAUCUUGGUUUGUAUCAACCAAAUGGAGUGACUUAGUUUACAUAAAAGUGUAAAGAGGAUGUGUGGCAUUUUCACUUUUGGCUUGAAAACUAUAAAGAAUUUUUUUUUUUUAAACAAAAAAAGCAUUGUAACUUAUGAACCUUUACAUCCAGAUAGGUUACCAGUAACAGGGAACAGUAUCCAGUACUCCGGGUUCCUAGGUGAGCAGGUGAUGCCCCAGGGACCUUUGUAGCCACUUCACUUUUUUUCUUUUCUCUGCCUUGGUAUAGCAUAUGUUUUUGUAAGUUUUAUGCAUACAGAAUUUUAAGUGGUAAUUUCAGAAGAAAUUCUGCAAGCUUUUCGAAAUUGGACUUAAGAUCUAAUUCAAACUAAUAGAAUUAAUGGAAUAUGUAAAUAGAAACGUGUAUAUUUUUUAUGAAACAUUACAGUUAGAGAUUUUUAAAUAAAGAAUUUUAAAACUCA